AUUCAACCAAGAAGGAUUAGACACCUGCGGCAACACAAGUCACGAUUCAUGACUCAUCAGACCGGGUCAAGACCAUUUUGUGAACAGCGGACUAAGAAAACUCAGAGCGGAUUGAAAUCACUCUCAGAACCAGGCGAUGGCUCCCUCGACAAGAACCCAGGCAAGUCUCUUACUCAACCCGUUUCUGCUGCUGAUCUGCUCAUCCGUAUCCAGUGCGAUCGGGCAAGAAGCACGGCCACGGCCACUCCUCAGAUGGAAGUCUACCUUAUCGCCAGCCAACGGUGGUGACCAGCCAUCAUCCCCUCUUCUCUCAUGGUUGCCUGCCAAGCCGACGUGCUCCUGGUCCGGCAUCAGGUGCGACACCACUGGCCAUGUCACUGAGAUCAGCCUACCCGGCGCUGGCCUCCAUGGCAUGCUCGGUGCGCUGAACUUUGCCGCAUUCCCGGCGCUCACCAAGCUCAACCUCACCGGCAACAACACCACCGGCGCCAUCCCGGCGAACGUCACCGGCCUGAUGUACCUUGAACUGUCAGGGAACAGCUUGUCCGGCGAGAUACCAAACACCCUCCCGGCGAUGGUGCGAGGGAUGAGGUACCUCAACCUGUCAUCCAAUUGGUUGCGCGGGCCGAUGCCACGGUGGCUCUCCGACAUGCGGGAGAUGCGUAGUUUCAACGUGUCAAACAACAAGCUCACUGGGGAAAUCCAUCCAGACUUGUUCACAAAUUGCCCAGAGAUCACAUCGUUCCAUGCACAGACCAAUUCCCUGGCUGGAGGCAUCCCACCGGAGAUCAGCAACGCCACCAAGCUACAGUCCUUGCUUCUCUACAACAACAGGUUAUACGGCCAAAUCCCAGUGGAGGUAGGCAGACUGACAAACUUGCGAUUUCUGUUUCGCACUGAAUUUCCUGAGUGGGCCUAUUCCCAAUUCGGUUGGGAACAUGACAAGGCUUGUAUUUCUGGGUUUCUUCAGCAACAAUCUCAUUGGGAAAAUGCCGCAAGGAAUCAUGAAUUUGACUAAAUUGCAAAUCCUUGACCUUAGCUCCAAUCAGCUGGAGGACGAGGUGCCAGCAACAAUCUCAUCGCUCCAGAGCCUCCAAUACCUCAACCUUUGUAAUAACAAGUUGUCAGGAAUGAUACCAAACCUCAACACCAGGAAAUUGCUUGCCAUUUCCUUGGCAAAAAAUUACUUCACAGGAGGAUUCCCUAUGGCGUUAUGUCCGCAGGCUUCUUUGGAAAUCCUGGACCUAUCAAACAACCAACUUCAUGGAGAACUACCCAGAUGCUUGUGGGACUUGCAGGGUCUACUGUUCAUGGAUUUUUCAAACAAUACCUUCUCUGGGAUUGUGAAGACGUCAACAGACUCCGAUUUGUCACUAAGAUCAGUACAGCUGGCAAACAACAAUCUCAUGGGAGAAUUCCCAUUGGUAUUCAAGAGAUGCAGAAGGCUAACCAUUCUUGAUCUUGGUGAGAACAAGUUUUCUGGUAUGAUUCCUUCAUGGAUAGGGUCUAGCCAUCCAGCAAUCCCUUGCUAAGAGUGCUCCGGUUACCAUUGAAUAUGCUCCAUGGGAGUAUUUCUUGGCAGCUAUCACAACUCUCUUCCCUCCAGCUGCUGGAUCUCGGUGGCAACAAUUUGGUAGGUUCCAUACCAAGAAGUUUCACCAAUUUUACAUCCAUGAUGCGGCCAAAAACAGAGUUUGACCUACCACUUAAAGUUCGCUAUCCUAUCUUACAUUAUGUUCUUUCAUACACAUAUAUGUAACACCCUAAAUUUUCAAACUAGGAGUUUAAACAAAUUUGGUUAGGUUUUAUUUAGAAUUCAAAAGGUUUA